AGAAACAACCAAACACAAAGUCGGUCCCUAAUCCCAAUUUCAUCUCAUUUUCUGUUUCAAAUUUCUCAUUUUUCUGCUUCUUCUUCUUCUAUUGUGACAUCAGAUUACUGAUCAGAUGAGUGCUGAUAUUUGGUAUGGUGCACUUUAUAGCUUUGAAAGGGAGUAUACUGCUUUUUUUUUUCCCUUAAUUUGUUGCAUUGGGUUUUGAUUUGUAGAAGGUUGAAAGUAGAGGGAUUUGACUCGCUGGAGGCGAAGAGACAUGGCUAACAAUGCAGCUGCGUGUGCUGAGAGAGCAACUAGUGACAUGCUCAUUGGUCCGGACUGGGCAAUCAACAUAGAGUUGUGUGAUAUCAUUAAUAUGGAUCCUGGGCAAGCAAAGGAUGCAUUAAAGAUACUUAAAAAGCGUUUGGGCAGUAAAAAUCCAAAAAUACAGCUUCUGGCUCUUUUUGUACUGGAGACCCUUAGUAAAAAUUGUGGUGAAAGUGUAUUUCAGCAGAUCGUGGAGCGGGACAUCUUACAUGAAAUGGUUAAGAUAGUGAAGAAGAAGCCAGACUUAAAUGUGAGGGAAAAGAUACUGAUUUUAAUUGAUACAUGGCAAGAAGCUUUUGGGGGCCCAACUGGAGUUUAUCCUCAAUACUAUGCAGCGUAUAAUGAAUUAAAGUCUGCUGGAGUUGAAUUUCCGCCACGAGAUGAGAAUAGUGUGCCAUUCUUCACUCCUCCUCAAACUCAGCCAAUUGUUCAUUCUGCUGAAGAAUAUGAUGAUGCUAGUGCUACUAUUCAGGCUUCUCUUCAGUCAGAUGUAUCUGGUCUUAGUUUGCCAGAGAUACAAAAUGCUCAAGGACUAGCUGAUGUAUUGAUGGAAAUGCUUAGUGCCUUGAAUCCUAAAGAUCCUGAGGGUGUCAAGGAGGAAGUAAUUAUUGACCUUGUUGACCAGUGCCGGUCAUACCAAAAGCGUGUCAUGCUUCUUGUGAACAAUACUUCGGAUGAGCAGCUUUUAAGUCAGGGAUUGGCACUGAAUGACAGCCUUCAGCGAGUACUUCGUCGACAUGAUGAUAUUGUGAAAGGAACCACUGAUUCAGGUGCAAGGGAAGUGGAAACUUCAGUUCUGCCACUUGUAAAUGUAAACCACGAAGAUGAUGAGUCAGAAGAUGAUUUUGCUCAACUAGCCCAUAGGUCAUCACGUGAUACACAUGCACAGAAUCGGAAACCAGCCUAUGACAAGGCAGAACCAGCAAGGAUAAACCCACUUAUUCCCCCACCACCAGCAUCAAGGAGGCCAGUCUACUCUGGCACUGACAUGGUUGACUAUCUUAGUGGUGAUGCAUAUAGGGCAGAAGGAUCCCCUGAUAAAGAACCUGCUUCAUUUGCAGCACCCGUUCAUUCUAGCUCUAAUUCUACCUCAUCAACUAUUCCCACACAGUCUUCGUCCCAUCCUCAUGGCAUGAGUACCUCACCACCAAAUUUUAGCAGACAACCAGUGUAUGAUGAACCUUCUUCAAUUGACAAAUCUUCUGAGCGUCAGCCUCCAGCCCCGUGGGACACACAAUCGCCUGCCAUACUUCCGCCACCACCUUCUAAGUAUAACCAGAGGCAACAAUUUUUUGAGCAACAAGGUGUAACUCACCCAAGUAGUGGAUCCAGUCCCACUUAUGACAACUUGGCGGGACAAACACAAAAUCUUUCUCUGAAUUCAUCCAGCCCAACCAAUCAACAGAAGCCAGAAGAUGCACUUUUCAAAGAUCUUGUUGAUUUUGCAAAAUCUAAAACCUCAUCAUCUUCCAAACCCAAUAGGUCAUAUUGAUAUAUAUAUCGUGUUUGUAUUGCAUAUGCUGGUAUUGCUUAUAUAUGUUGUUUAUCAGCUUCAGAUCACGGAGAGGACCAUUUUGUGGUUUCGGAACCUUCAGAUAACCGAUUGACCAUGCGUGUACUUACAUAUAUUGCUUAUAUUGAUGUAUAUGGGUCGUAUUGAAUUUGUUGGCUUAUGUUUUCAAUAAUAUCAGAUUUUUUUGAGCGUCAGAAUUUCUUCAAUUUCGCUAGUUCCGAAAAGGGUGUGGUGUAUAUUCCAUGGGCAAUUUUAAGCACGUGGCAUAUAACUCCAUGGUCCAGUGGCUCAGUCCCUAGUUGAUGAUCAACAGAUUUGAGGGAAUAUUCAAACCCAAAGGAUACAACGUGGAUAUUGGCAACAAUUUGUCCCCGUUGACUAUCAAAGUAGGAUGAUGCUUUUAUUAUAGUCUGGUUCCUUACCCAGAAAAUUAAGAAAAGUUG